AUGCCGAACACCAAGAAGCUAUCUGAUGGCGAGACUCUGGAGCAACGCCUACGCCAUUACCUUCGAGCGAAGCAGAACCGUACACAAGUCCUGUUGGCAGAUGACCAGCGUAUACGUGACAGAAUCAACGAGAUUCAGGCCGAGAAGAUGUUACUCGAGGAUGAAUGUAUGGUGCUCGAGGAUGAGCUUGAAAGUAAUCUGAGGCAACGUCUCGAAGAUCCUGAGGGAGAGCCACUUCUGCAGGAGCUGAUGGCAGUGGAACAAAGCAAAUGCCGCCCGCUAUGCGAAGCUAUGCAGCUGAAACUGCCACGCGAAAUUCGCGACAUGAUCUAUGAGCAAGUUGUGGGCCCCUCAGCCUGGCACAACGGCCAACAUACCGUACCUGUGGUAGCAUCGAAGGAUCUCGGUGUCUCGGACGCAUUCAAGCUUGUCAGCAACAGCAUCGGUCUGUUGGCCAGCGGCGGAUAUGACCAUUUUGGCGAGGCCACACGGCAAGAGUUGGCGGAGUACUGGUACACAAGAAGUACAUUCGACUUCGGCACAGACUUGCAUCUCCUCAAAGCCUUCCUCAACAGUGUUGCUGCCGGUACUAGUUGCAAAGCUCUUGAGAUAGUCCGCCAGCUGGAGAUUACAAUCGACUGCAACGACGAGUUCGAGCCGGAAACCGAGCGACUUCUGGCCCGUGCUCUGGCGGAUCUUACACUACGGAUCCAGCCGGCACGAUUACGAAUUUACCUACAUGACAUCCAGGGCGUUGUGCGCUAUAAUGACGACCGACUCCUGAUCUUACUACACAAUGUCAGGCAACUGCUUCCGGACCUUCCUGGUUGGACGAUCGAAUUCGUUGUGCACAUGGUCACGAAUGACUGUCGAUUAUCGCGAGGAUGGCAAGGAUAUGCAUUCGAAGAUAUCAUACCAGGAUAUCAUGUCAACCUGAUGAUACCUGGGAAAACAGCUAUGUCACUCGAUGAGUGGUCGGACAAGUUCAGACAAGUAAGGAAUGAUCUUACCGUGACAUCACUAUGCAAGCUGACUUUGGAAUUACAGCUUCGGAAAGAGCUUGAACAGUACUAUGACGAUACACUGCACGAAGCAGAUGACGAAGACGAAGAAGGGGAUGAGGAUGAGGAAGAAGACGGUACUGAUGACGAGCGCGACGAAUACAUGCCUCUUGAUAGAGAUGAGCUUCUUGAAAUCGAGAAAGAGUUGGCGCUGAAGCAAGAACGCAAGACCGAGCUCCAGCUGGCGGCUGCGAAGACCAAGGUCAAGAAAUUGCGACGCCGCUGCAAGAAGCUCCAAGAGACCUCUGAUGACGACAAAACCAAGACGGCCGACGCGUUCCUGGCCUUUGCAAAGAACGACUGGCUAGAGUUCUGUACCCAAGUCCACAAGACGUUCCCGCGCGAAAUUCGAGACACCAUCUACAGCUAUAUCACUGGUUUCAAGGAUGUCAGCAUCGAUUGUGACGAACACGGAAACCUUGAGCAUACCGACUACGGUGCCUUGGCGUGGGGUCUUGAGGUUUGUCUCGAUCCUGCGUAUGAUGGGGCAGACCACUGGUGGAAGCCCGAACACGUCGGCCCAGCGAUGGUCCGCGAACUGGGUGAAAACUUCUAUCGCACUUCCUGCUUUGCUUUCCAGGGAAAUCUCGCAGGCUUCGGCCAGUUCCGAGCAACAGACGUAUGGGAUUUCGGCUUUCCGCCAGUCGAGUUUGUCUCCAAGGUGGAUGUCAGUAUCCUCUGCGGCGAUUACAAGUUCGAGCUUGUCGAUCGCCCGAACACCAAGGUGCCCGGCAACCACCAUACUUUUCAAGCGUUUUCAAAGUUUCGCAAGAACAACAAUGUGGGCACCAAAAACACUCAGAAACACCUUCUCGUAAAGCUAGAGUCGCUUUUCGGUUUCAAACAUGGCACAGCGCUUACCAUCAGGCUCUCAUCACGUCAUGGCGCAAAACAUACUCCGCUUGAGCAACAAGAGUGGAUGUCGCACAACGUAGUUCCUGUCAUCCUACCCGUUCUCCAACGGCUGAAAGACGCGGGUUCCCGGGUCCGUACAGUGCUCACAGCGAGUCAAGCUAGAUCACACGCCACAUUCACUUCGGAGUGGGGUCAGACUUCACUCGAGAGUCUCACUAAAGAGUUCUGGGAGUAUGUCGACGUCGAACAGAAGCGCAUCACACAAGCUGAGCUUGAUGGGGAACCCUUCGAGGAUUCUGAUUAUGGCGCUGCCUUUGGAAGCGACGCCGCCGACGCCUGGGCAAUGAACGCCCCCGACGCCUGGGCCCCGUUACGGCCAGAAGAACAGGAGAAGCAGCUCCGCGACAAGUGCUACAAGCAACUCCGCACAGAGGUCAAGCUCAAACAAUGGUGGAUCAAGGAGAGUGUGCAACACGAGGCUCGUAAAGCCCAGCUGCAAGCACAGAAAGAUAACACCAUCAACGAACUGAACAAGUACGCUCAGGUCACUUGCCGUAGCCUCUGCGACAAGAUCUUCGAAGUCUGUCCACGCGAAAUACGCGAUUACAUCUACGCGUACCUCCUGCCCAACUCCCCGGUCGUCCUAGAGCAUUGCGACCAUCGCGAUUGCGAUAGCAAGCCCUGCGCCAAGGGAAGCGAAACACUGUAUUACUUCGUUGAACCCCACAGUCAUCUCUUCAAAACCGCAUACGUCAUUCCAGAAUUCUCCGUAGAGCUGCUCGAAAAGUACUAUCGCACAUCCACGUUCGACCUACGAGACCAAUUUGCAAGGCUUGGCGCUUUCCGGAGCUUGGAUAGGAGAAACCUUGGUGUAAUACCAGCCAACUACAUCCUCAACGUUUCCUUGUGCAUACAAUGCGACAAGUACGACUUCGACGGGGUAACGGCACCGUUGACCAUUCCGUACGGGAGACAUCCGCUCAAACCCCGGCGAGCGCUGCUCGCAGACCUCGAAGCACUAUUCGGUUUCAAGGCUGACACUAAGAUCGAUUUACACCUUCUUGUAAACCGUGACUGGUUGUCGAAUGCGCACGACGCCGAAUACUGGGAAUGCGACACCGUCGUUCCAGCUAUCCUGCCGACGCUGCGUAGGCUAGCUGCUGCUGGUACAAAGGCCAUGUUGUGUUUUGAUCAUUUUGGGUGGGGGGUGACUAUUGAUCGUGGAGACGUCACGAUGGAGGAGAUCAAGAGCGGUUUGUCGAAGAAGAUUGGAAAAUGA